CAGAGACUGGGAGUCCAGACUGCAUUGGGAAGGCAGCGAGAGCAGAGCAAAGGCUCAGGAUCAAGACCCAGCCCAGGGUGCAUCAUUUCUCCUCUCCUGGAGGCAAAGGACAGGCAGUUGCCCAGGAAGGUUCUGUCCAGAUUCCUGUUGAUCCAUUUUGAGCAUGGAGAGAUCCACGAGGGAGCUGUUUCUCAACUUCACAGUGGUUCUCAUAACUGUGAUCCUCAUGUGGCUGCUGGUGAGAUCGUAUCAAUACUAAGAGGCUGAAGCUGGAGUCUCUGGGAUUGGCCAGCACAGAAGAACCCUCAAGAACAUGGGAGCUCUCCUGUGCUGCUGUAUGCCUUAGGGUGCCCUUGCCUGCGAUUACGUAUACCUGGAUGUCACUAGGAUAGGUCGAGUGUUUUCCCACUGCAGAAUCAUCUCUGUCCCGUGCUAAUGCUGUGGUCUAGGGCUCUAGGGCUGUGAUCCAGGCUUCUUUUGAUCUGUGGCAAUGUGAUUUAUUUUUCCCAAAAUUCCUUUGACAAAAGUUUGGCCAAAGUUGUUUUCAAGUGAGCAUUGGUUGUUUCCUGAAACCACGGAUAUUGAUAAAAACUACCUGUUUGAAGUGGGGAUCAUUGUGAAACUGGAUUGUACCAUGUGCCAUUUCCGUCCCUCCACAGCUCCCUAUGCGUCAGCCCCUUUGCCAGCCUCUCUCCCCAAUGCUGUUUCUAAAUCAAAUUAAGAAUCAACUCUCUGGUAGAAAAAAAGUGAUGUAAUUAGUCACUAUGGCUUCCAUUUAAAUAAAAAUUGAAAAACUUGAAAAACAUCAUUUGCCAUUCUCUUUACUUUCUACUAACAUCAUAUCUUCUGACUACAACCUGGGAUUAGUCAGUGGAGAGGGAUCUACACUGGGA